AUGUAUGAAAAACAAAUUUUAUCAAUUAUUACUGAAAUUGAUGAUAAAGAGGCACCAUUAGCGGAAAGUGCUUUAACAAAAAUAUUUUCAAAUAUAUUAUUAAUGUUUAUUAAUUUAUCAUAUUUAAAAUUUGAAACAUGUUCAGUUUAUUCUCCAAGAAUAUCGUACAAUGGUGUAGCCCAACAACAUAUUUCUUCUUCAAAUUUGUUGAAACUGAUUAUAAAUGUCAAAACUUUCAAUGAUUGUCUGCAUUUACUUGAUGGAUGUCUUGAAAAUCUUAAAAAAUUCAGUAGUGUAGAACUCGUUAAGUCGUAA